AUGAAACGAUCUGCACCUACCCCAUCAGGCUCGGUGUCACCGCCUCUGGUCAGGAGGAAGAUAGAGUCAACUACCACUAAUAAAGCAGUAGCAAGUUUUUUCAAGCCCGCCUCACAGAAAGCUCCUGAUAAGUUGAUAUGGAGGAUAGUCAACAGCAGUCUGAUCACUGGUCGGUAUGAUCCCUCAGAAGCCCCAAAACUACCGAGGACUGCUCCUGCGAAAGUGGCUGCUUUCGACCUGGACGACACUCUCAUAAUCGCUAAUUCAGGGAGCAAAUGGGCCCGUUCCGCAACAAGUUGGAAAUGGUGGGAUGCUUCUGUACCUGCGAGAUUGAAACAUCUCUACAAGGAGGGUUAUCUCGUUGUCAUCAUCAGCAACCAAGGAAACAUCAGUUUGAAAGAUAACCCCAAAGCCUUGCAGAAAGACUCCCUAAGUUUAACCAACCUAAAGAAUCAAGUCACUGCAGUCGUUCAACAGCUCGACUUCCCGAUCCAUUUCUACGCUGCAACUGGCCAAGACAGAUACCGCAAGCCUAGAACGGGUAUGUGGGACGAGCUUUUGGAUAAUUAUGAUCUACAAGUGGAAGGAAUGGUUGACUUGGCAAACUCCUUUUACGUUGGCGAUGCUGCGGGCAGAGAAAAGACCGAUAAGAGGCAGAAGGACCAUGCAAGCAGCGACAGAGAUCUAGCAGCAAACAUCGGCAUACCGUUCCACACCCCAGAGGAGUUUUUCUUGAAUGCACAAGUGGAGCCCUACGAGCAUGUCUUCGAGCCUGCAGGCCACCUGGAAUACCUACAAUCCUCAAAGCUGGCCCUGGACGACACGACUGAGUCAUUGGCUGCAGCCCCGUUCACAAAGACUAGCCCACAAGAACUUGUGAUAUUUUGUGGUUCUCCUGGUGCUGGGAAGAGCACCUUCUUCUGGGAUGUGCUACAGCCGUUAGGAUAUGAGAGAGUCAAUCAAGACAUCCUCAAGACACGGGACAAGUGCAUCCGAAAGGCAAGAGAAUUGCUUGGUGCUGGCUCAUCUGUGGCUGUUGAUAACACCAACGCAGACAUCGAAACCCGGGCACAUUGGGUUAGGGUUGCCAAGGAGUUCAAUGUACCCAUCCGCUGUGUACGUUUCACCGCAUCGACACGCCUGGCCGAGCACAAUGACGCUGUGAGAGCUUUGAAUCCAGACACAAUGAAUCCUGAAGCGCGCACAAUGCUCCCAGGCAUCGCAUUCCGUAGCUUUGUGCAGCGAUUCCAAGAGCCAGAGUUGAGGGAGGGCUUUGCAGAUAUUCACAAAGUCGAUUUCGAGUUCAAAGGGACAGACGAACAAAAGAAGCUCUGGAGUCGAUACUGGGUAAGCAAAUUCUCGACAUAG